UCACGUGAUUCGUAGUCUGGGUUUUGCAAACGGUGAGUGGAGUGCCUUGUCAUCAGUCCUUUAAGUUUUUGGAUGAUUUUCUUUGGAAUUCUUAUUCUAAGUGAGUAAUUUCUCAAGAAAAGAUCAUUUAAUAGCAUGUCUUUGUUUUUCGAUGGUGUUUAGUUGUGUUUGUGAUGUGUGCUUUCGUAUGACGAAAUUGUACCUUGUUCCGUGACUAGUGAUAUGACGCCAUUUUCUUCGUGAAUGCCAAUUAUCGAAGUUCUACAAUAUUUUCUUUGUUUCUAUUUAACAUUACUGCAGCAAUCUACAAAAGGAUUGCACCGAAGGAGCGAUUCAUGUGGUGUAACUAUUCAUUGUGAUGCCGUUGGAUGCUGACCUCAACUGCACAGACGUGGUGUCGCAUGGUUGUGAACUGAAGGGCCUGCGCACUUGGAAAGACAUUUGUCUAGUACGAAACAAACUCUCCCAACAGCAGGGUCCUCCGCGUUCCUGACACAGAAAGAAGUAGCGAGACGGCAAGGAAAGCCACUGCCCGCGCGUGCAGAACCGUGCGCACACAAGGAAAAGGAACCGACUAAAUUGCAACGUUGAACUUUGUGCUCAUUGUGCAGUUUUGUGUUAAGACAAUAAAGUGCAAUAUACUGUUGUGCAAUCGUACUGUUGUUGACUGCUUGGACAGUUUUGUUGUUGAGUUGUAACGUGAAAUUAUCGUACAAGUAUGGAGCGAGAAUCGAACCCAAUGGAGGCGCUUUGCCGCUCCGGAUGCGGCUUCUACGGAAACCCCUCCACUGACGGCCUCUGCUCAGUCUGCUUUAAGGAGGCAUUAAAGAAAAAGCAGCAGCCGCCGGCGAGCACGCCGUCACCCGUGGCGACUUCGUUCGUGCCCACGCCUACGCCAGCACCGGCGCCCGCGCCCACGCCUACGCCGCUCGCAGCCGCAGCGCCCACCGUGCCCAGCCUGCCCGCGCAGCCGCAGACACACACAGACAAGUUAGAAGAGGAGAGCGGGGCGGGCACAAGUGGUGCAAGCACCGGCGCCUCGGACACUGACGCCGACGACAAGGACCCCAGCAAGGACAAGAAGAAAAAGAACAGGUGCGCCGUCUGCCGCAAGAAGGUUGGACUCACAGGUUUCGAGUGCCGCUGCGGCGGUCUGUUCUGUGCGGUGCACCGAUACAGCGACAAGCACGACUGCUCCUUCGACUACCGGGAGCUGGGCGCGCAAGAGAUCCGCCGCAACAAUCCCGUCGUCGUCUCCCAGAAGAUACACAAGAUUUGAGCCAGUCCCACCCACUCCCUUUCCCUGUCCGAUUCCCCUUCCCAACACACGUCCCCUUCCCGACACAUAUACACGAUCCGUUUACUCUAAAUAAAAUAUAGAUCGAGAAUGUGUUUCUUUUUGCGUUUCAUAUUACACGACUGACGAAAUCGGACGCGCCCGGGUUUUAUCUUAUGUUCUAACAGAGACUAUUUUUCUGCGUAGUUUAUAGUUUAGCGAUAGACAGAAACGCACACUCGAUCUAUGUGUUAGAUUUGUUUGUGAGAGUUUUGCUUUUGAAGGAGAUUGGGCGAUUGGUCGAGAUUACGAUUACCGUGAAGAAGACGUGUAUGAAAUACGUUGCUUGAAAUUUCCUUGCCAUUUACUGGUAUACUGAUGAUGUUUUAUUGGCGUUAUUACCAAAUUACAGAGAAUUUAAAUAGAUAACAUUAGUAUUGUUUCAAUUAUAAUGAAUUCUAUAUAGAUUAGUCUAAAUAAAAGGCCAAUAUUAGUCAUUUUUUUUUUUUUGGGAAAUAUCAAGUCUGGUAUUGACACACUUUUCUCCCAUGGUUGGUCCCGAAAGUCUAACCGCUGCGCCCCAUCUCCGUUUAUAUAUUAAAAAAAAAAAUUGUAGAUAAUGUUCGUUUUGGGUAGGAAUUUCUGUUUUAAUUUACUUCGAGAUAAUAUUUAGAGUUUGAAUUAUGUCCAUUCACCUCCAUUGUAAAUAUUAGAUAUAAUUAAUUAUAGAAAACAAAUCCUAUAUAUUGUAAAAAAAGGAAAACUCCAAAAAAAGCUACAUUGUUACGAUUCAAACGGGGAGCAUGCUAUGCUUGUUCAGUCCUGAUAACAAUUGUUAGCUCACACGGACCCCACGGCUGCAGCACACGGACCCCACAACUGACUACCCCACAACUGAUUGUACCCCGCAACUGACUGUACCCCACAACCGCAUUCAAUCUGCGGGUACAUUGAGGAACUUGUGCACGGUGUCCGACCGAUACUUCACCAAAUACAUACACAAUUCUAACUUUCGGUCCGUACAAAUACAUUCUUUUGAUAUACUUUUGUAUAGAUUUAACAUUUAAGUUUGUAUUAACUUUAUCGAGAUAUGUCGUAAAUUGAUAGUUGUUUGCUCUUAUACUUUUUUUUUUUCUUUAGUAGUUUUAACGAGUUAUGUCAUACAAUAAAACAUUUAGAAAAUCUAAUAUUAAAUAUAUUAAACCACUUUAUAAUUUGCGGUGUUUUCAAUGUAAUAAUUUAACGCUCCUCUAUAAAGUAAGUUUUAAUUCAAAUUAUGUAAUAAGUUGUAUAAAGUGUUUGGUCGGACACAGGUUAAGAUGCGGUCCUUUAGCCGACCGUUUGGGGGGACGUUAGCACUGUAACUUGGUUUGGGAAGUUAUUGCUUUCAUAUUUGUCUAACAUUCGGCAUAAGAUUGGUAAAGUAGGAGCCUUAUGACCUGUGGUUAAUCACUUGCAGUUAGCUGCAACUAAAAAGAUAGUCCGUUAUAUCUAUUCGGAACAUUGAUUCAAAAAUUUCUAUUGUUAUUUGUAAUUCUAUAUUAAAUUUUCAUUUUCUUUGCUAUUCACAGAUU